UCCUGGGGAAAGAUUGAAGACUCAAAGAGAGUUCAGCCCGUGGCCACACUGGAGAGCUUUAUUCUCUUCGUCGCCUCCAUCGGCCACACUUACUGUUCUCAAAUGAGCAAGAUAUCUAAAUACAGACCUGUGUUCUCGCUGUGAAAAUGCAGUGUCCGGGCAAACCCGCCAGCCGUGCCUCCUGUCCAGAAAUUCGGCGUCGGUACCGGCUUUCGCUAAUGUGAACUGAAGUAAGCAAGCCAGGUGACAGCAGGAACAUGUCUCGGGAGCUGCAGGAUGUGGACCUCGCCGAGGUGAAGCCUUUGGUGGAGAAAGGGGAGACCAUCACCGGCCUUCUGCAAGAGUUUGAUGUUCAGGAGCAGGACAUCGAGACUGUGCAUGGCUCCAUUCACGUCACGCUGUGCGGGACCCCCAAGGGAAACCGGCCCGUCAUCCUCACGUACCACGACAUUGGCAUGAACCACAAAACGUGUUACAACCCCCUUUUCAACUCCGAGGACAUGCAGGAGAUCACACAGCACUUUGCCGUGUGCCACGUGGAUGCCCCUGGCCAGCAGGACGGCGCUGCGUCCUUCCCCGUGGGGUACAUGUACCCCUCCAUGGACCAGCUGGCUGAAAUGCUUCCUGGAGUCCUCCACCAGUUUGGGCUGAAAAGCAUUAUCGGCAUGGGAACCGGAGCAGGCGCCUACAUCCUCACGCGAUUCGCGUUGAACAACCCGGAGAUGGUGGAGGGCCUCGUCCUCAUCAACGUGAACCCUUGUGCUGAAGGCUGGAUGGACUGGGCCGCGUCCAAGAUCUCCGGAUGGACCCAAGCCCUCCCAGACAUGGUGGUGUCCCACCUCUUCGGGAAGGAGGAAAUGCAGAAUAACGUGGAAGUCGUCCACACCUACCGCCAGCACAUCGUGAAAGACAUGAACCCCGGCAACCUGCACCUGUUCAUCAAUGCCUACAACAGCCGGCGAGACCUGGAGAUUGAGCGGCCCAUGCCCGGAGCCCACACAGUCACCCUCCAGUGUCCUGCUUUGUUGGUGGUUGGGGACAGUUCUCCUGCUGUGGACGCCGUGGUGGAGUGCAACUCGAAAUUGGAUCCAACAAAGACGACUCUCCUCAAGAUGGCGGAUUGCGGUGGCCUCCCGCAGAUCUCCCAGCCGGCCAAGCUCGCGGAGGCCUUCAAGUACUUCGUGCAGGGCAUGGGAUACAUGCCCUCGGCCAGCAUGACCCGCCUGAUGCGCUCCCGCACGGCCUCCGGCUCCAGCGUCACGUCCCUGGAGGGCGCCCGCAGCCGCUCCCACACCAGCGAGGGCACCCGCAGCCGCUCCCACACCAGCGAGGGUGCUCGCCUGGACAUCACCCCCAACUCCGGGGCCACCGGCAACAACGCCGGGCCCAAGUCCAUGGAGGUGUCCUGCUAGGCGGCCUGCGCCGUGGCCGUCCCCGGACUCUGGGCUCACGCAACCGCCCUUCCUCCAGCCCUUCCCGCCCUGCCUGCCACACCACACGUAACUCGUAUUAACCCAAAGCUUACGGUGUAAGACAGCUCUGGGGGGACAAAGUUAGACCGGGUUUGUCGAGGGCGCCUCUCCCAUCAGGGCAGGGCGGGCAGACCAAAGGAAAAGAAGCAUCUCCGUGUCCUGUGCUCAUUGGCGGGUGGCCUGGCGGCCACCCUCUUACCCUCCCUCAGAGACGCCAAACUGCCAAAAACAAGACGCGCCGCCCUAGACGCUUCCUAAAGCCAGGCCUAGGCUGGUUCUAACGGGCAUUUUGUCGGAAGCCCAGCCCCUCUACUUCCUGUUUCCUCUCCAACUAAAGAACGACUGACCCAGUUUCUGGAAACAAAACCCCGUUCUGAUUUGGGUAGGGGGAGAGCCGCGGAUGGUGGGGAGCUCUUUUAACUCGGCAAAACAGUAAGCGGGAAAAAGGUGGACUUUCUGUGGAGGCUAGAACGCUUGGAAAAACAAAUCUACGCAGUGAAACGUGAGAAAGUAGGUUUUUCAAGUUCGCGUAUAUAUCCACUUUUUAAUGCCGAAACACACAAGCCUGCUUUUCUGGCAUCCUUUCAACGGGUGGUGAAAGCGGGCGACAAAAUCUCCGGGCUUUCCCAGAGAAACAGUCUUGGCAAACAUUGGUG